AUGGGGAAGGAGAAGACGGUGGCCUUGGAGCACGUGAAGAAGGCGACGGCGAAGGCGAAGGGGAAGAAGACCAGCCGGGGCGGAUCUUCAUCGAGGUCCGCCAUGCCGCGCGGCUGGAUCCAGGGCGAUUCGAUUCGGUCGACGAUCCGGCAGGACGACAUCGAUGAACUGGCCGAGGGGGGACUGAUCCGCCAUGAAUCAGCGCAACUCCCGGAGGACGAGACCGAGCCGCGACCGCAGGAGGAGGAAGUCGACGAGAAAACGGUGGAGCAGUGGCUGAGGGGUAUCACUGGCAACAAGGACAACCCCAGGGGUUCCAGGAGGAUCCCUCCACUCGACAACUCGUAUGAACCAGACAAGGCCCUUGCUGAGAUGUACUCGAUGCCCAACGGGGAGCAGGAGCAAGAUCCAGAGGGGGAGGCGAGCGGAGGCGAGAGAGGCGAGUGGCACUCUGAUGGAGAAGAGGACGAGGAGAGCGACGAACCGAGUGAUGAAGAAGUGGUCGAUUCCCCUCCUCGUAGGGAAAGGCGUUCCAAGCACACUCACGAUCCGGCAAGUAUCCGUGGCAAGGUGGCCGCGCAGACCGGUGCUGCUACCUCAGAGACUUCUGCUCACAAGAAUGAAGACGAGGAAAUGGAAGAUGCAGUCACCUCCAACCCAGCUCGUCCCACUGUCAUUGAUCUUCCGGACGACGAUGAGGAUGCUGAGGCCUCAGGGAAGGAGAAACAGCAAGGUGUCAGCUGUGCUCAGCCCUCAGCAUCGACUGCGCAGACUCCAGCUGACCCUUCUUCACUCUUUACUGCACAUCACGUCCCAGAGGAUCAAGUGGGCGCUGCCAAAGAGGCCAUACGUCAGGCGGGCAUCAUGAUGGAGCAGAUGAAGGUGGUCCGGGAGGCCAGCCAACCUGCUUACGACGCCAGCUCGGCUCUCCAGAGCAACGUCCAGAAAUCCUGCGAACUUGGAGCUCAAACAAUGAACCUAGCUCUGGCGCAGAAGGAUCCUGAUCUUACAGCCGCGCAGAAAGCAGCCGAAGAGAAAACUGCACUCGCCGACCAGAAGCUGGCAUCAGUCGGCAAACUAGAGGAAGAGAACGCCAAGCUGAAGACUACCCUGGAUGAAGCCAACAAGGAGGCGACUCGUCUGAAGAAGGACAAGAGGGCUCUGACCGACAAGAUUGAAGACAUUGCCCGCAAGAGGGAUGACUUGGAAAAUUAUCUGGGAGGGCUUGCCAAGAAGUUGUUCAUCAUGCUUGAAGAGUUUUGCCAAAACUUCGAGGAAGAAACUGGGCGAGUUGAAACAAGCUUGGACCCCAUUCUCUCUCUUGUGAAGGACGAAGCUGCCAUGAACGUCGCGGUGUCGCGCAUCGACACAGCGCUCUGGACAGGGGUGACGCUUCAAAAUGACCUCGAGUCUCUGAUGAGUCGACUCAAUGAGAUCCCUGGUCGAGUGUAA